AUGCAGCAGGCUCUGAAGCCCGCCGCUCGCGGCAUCCAGGCUGUUGCGCAGCGCAGGACCGCAGCGUUUGGCAGCACGCGCCCUGCACGCCGCGCUGCUGUGCGUGUGGCAGCGGUUGCGGAGCCCAGCAGCAGCGCCAGCAGCAGCUCCGCCCCCCUGGUGCUGGAGUGGCAGAAGGACAAUGAGACCAUCAAGGACGUCUUUGCGUUUGCCGGCUCUCUCCCAGAGCGUCUGAAUGGCCGCCUGGCCAUGCUGGGCUUUGCGGGCAUCAUGGCGGCGGAGCACAGCAGCAAGGUCCCGGCCCUGGAGCAGUUCGGCUCCGAUGCGCUGGGCGUCAUCCUGCUGUCCAUCACCCUCACCCUCGGCUCCCUCGCCCCCAAGUUUGCAUCUGGCAGCUCCCUCAAGGACCUGCACGCAGCGGCCACCGGCGCCAACCUGAAGGCCGAGGGCCUCAUUGGGCAGUUCUUGGGGCUGUUUGACACCAACAUCGAGCUCUGGACCGGCCGCGUUGCCAUGAUCGGCCUUGUGGGCACCCUCGUGGCCGAGGCCGUCACCGGCAACACUAUUCUCUGA